UCCGUUUGCCUAGCCUCACAACAUGCGCAUGCGUACUAACAAUCUAGCGGCUCCUGGAUAGGGAGAAUUGGUGGGAGUUAGCUGUGUAAUGGCGGCCUCGGUGUUGCUGUCUGCGGAGAACACCGGACCGACUUUUGUGGUCGGCAAUUCUGGAGCAGUAGGGGCUCCCGGUAAUGGAAUAGGAGCACCGGGUCCUUCGUCUUGGAAUAGAUCAUUGGACAGGGCACUAGAGGAAGCAUCGGCAACUGGUUGCCUCAACCUCAGCGGCAGGAAACUGAAGGAGUUCCCGAGGAGCGCCGCCAACCACGACCUCACUGAUACGACUCGGGCCGACCUGUCCCGUAACCGUCUGCCAGACCUGCCGGUGGAGGUGUGUAUGUUUGUGUCCCUGGAGCACCUGAACCUCUACCAGAACUGCCUGCGCACGUUGCCUGAGAGUCUGCUAAACCUCCAGGCACUCACCUACCUGAACAUAAGUCGGAACCAGUUGUCAACCCUGCCUGGUCCGGUGUGCAGUCUACCAUUGAAGGUCCUGAUCGCCUGUAACAACAAGCUGGUCUCCCUUCCCGAAGAGAUCGGCCAACUACGACUGCUCACAGAACUAGACGUGAGUUGUAAUGAGAUCCAGACACUUCCUCCUCAGGUUGGCCGGCUGGACUCGCUACGAGACAUCAACAUCCGCCGCAAUCAUCUGGCUCGCCUGCCCCCAGAGUUGGCCGAGUUGCCUCUUGUGCGUCUGGACUUCUCUUGUAACAAGGUGACGUCCAUCCCUGUGUGUUACCGCAACCUCCGCCACCUCCAGAGCAUUGUGCUGGACAACAACCCACUACAGAACCCACCCGCACAGAUUUGUAUAAAGGGGAAGAUCCAUAUAUUUAAGUAUCUAAACAAUGAGGCCAGCAAGACAACGCCUGAGCUCCCAGACUAUGACCGCAGACCACUUGCCUUCGGAUCCUGCGUGGAGGAUCUGUGCCAUGGCCGGCCAUACGGAGCUCUGGACUCUGGCUUCAACAGCGUGGACAGCGGAGACAAGAGGUGGUCUGGCAAUGAGCAGAAGGUUCUGAGUGCGUCCCAAAUGACAGACCGUCAGAGUUCCAAGCGGUCAAAACCAUUCAAUUUUGAGACGGGGGUGUCACCAAAGCUCUGUUGUAUCAAUUCGCCCGCUGAGGAGUUGACAGACCUGCCACUGCGUGUGGCGGAGAUCACCAAAGAGCAGAGACUGCGGAGGGAGAGAGAGGAGUACAGGACGACUGGCUCUCAUCCCGUGACCAACGGCACAUUGGAGGCUGAGCUGGAGCAGAUAGACUUCAUAGACAGCUGUACAGGAGAAGAGGAUGACGAAGAGGGUAGGAGAGGAGGAGCCGAUACCAUCAGCCUUAGCUCCCAGUUCAUGGCUUACAUUGAGCGCCGCAUCACAAAAGAGGGCUCUCCAGUCAAGACUAACUCCUACAGAGACUCAAGGACAGAUGACCCUAUGCGGCAUUCUCUUCAGAACAGGACUGCCCAUGAUCCAGCCUCUCACAGUCAGAGAGUGACAGGGGUGGGCACGGGGCCUGGCAUGGAGCGCGUGCGACGGGAGGCCCAGUUGGCUGCCCUGCGGUAUGAAGAGGAAAGGCAGAAGUCACGCCCUGUGCAGCGGGACGCCGUCAUGACCUAUGUCAAGCACAAAGCGUCUUUUAGCCCCACCAAGUUGAGUCCCACAGACAGUGAGAACACGUACCCUUCCAGGCGCUCCACCCACACGGAUGACUCGGCCCUCUUCAUGAGCGAGUACCAGCCUCUCAUGGUGUUUGAGAUAGACACUGACACCAACACUAUAAAGAGGAGGCCUGGCACUCACAAGCAGUCUCUUUCUGGGUCUGGGAUGUCCAUAGAUGGCUGUCUCUCUCAUCCUGCUGAUAUCGCCCCCUCCUGUCUACUGCAGCAGGGUGAGGACCGUUCAUCCUCUCUGUCACCCACAGCCCUUCAAUCACCUUCUUACCCGGGGUCUAUUGCCCCGCCCCCCUCCCGGGGGGCUUCCCUGCGGCCUGAAAGCUUCCUGUUUCGCCUCAACCAGAGGGAAGAGAAGAGGAGAGGAGAUGGUGCGACUCCUUGCCCAGACCACGAAGAGGUGACUGCUACACAACCUCCGGGGCCCCUGGGAGAAGAGGCGACCGCUACGCAACCUCCGGGGCGAGAAGAGGCUGCUCUGGUGGAACAACUGCGGAAGAACAUCGAGUCUCGUCUGAAAGUGUCCUUGCCCAGUGACUUGGGAGCAGCACUGACCGAUGGGGUCGUGCUCUGCCAUCUAGCCAAUCACGUGCGACCCCGAUCCGUACCCAGCAUCCACGUUCCCUCCCCUGCGGUGCCCAAACUCACGAUGGCUAAGUGUAGGCGAAACGUGGAGAACUUCCUGGAGGCAUGUCGCAGGAUUGGGGUUCCACAGGACGGUCUUUGCACAGCGGGGGAGGUUCUGGAGGGCCAGUGGGGUCCCUGCGUCUACAGGACACUCGGGACCCUGCUCUCCGUGGCUCCUCGCCCCCUGCUCAUGUCACCUCCGCCGGGCCAACUGGCCGGCUUUGCCCUCUUCUACCUGGCCGUCAUGUCCGUUCUGUGCGCCCUUUACUGCCACCUGCUGCCCCGCCUCUGAAGUGUUUCAGUCCGGAACCGUGCACAGCGCCUUCCUCGUUCUGUCACCGUCUGGUUCUGCACCGCCCAUGCAUAUUCUCACAUGCACCACUUGCAUUUCUCCGUUCUUCAUGUUUCGCAUUGCGAUGACACCCCCACCCUCCCUGACCGUUCCCAUCAACACAGUGGGAGCCGCUUGGGCAGAGCGGGCCGCAGAACUCAAUAAGGGAAAAGCACAAGAACGAGCGCACCUCCCGCUCCACCUUAAACGAAGAGGAGCGCUCGCCACCGUCUGGUUUUCCAUUAUCUGAAAAUGGCACAACCCUCAUUGAACCCAGCACCAAUUAAAAUUAUUAUUUAACUUUUCUGAGAAGGUUACUUCUGUUCCAUCAGAGAGGUGGGGUAAAAUGAGGGUACUUAGAUGACACCUCGUAUGCAUGUGCACUGGCCUUGCCCCCAAUGAGAGAGAGCCACACCAGGAACAGGUUGCUGUGUGGUCCCCAUCGCUGGACUCUCCGCUUCUGUACCUACCUACCGAACCUCCCUCUGUGCCUUUCGUUUCUCCACUUGUGUGUGUGUGUGUGUGUGCACGCACACGUUUUAGACUGAACCUCACUGUCUGAAAGCACUUGUAAUAAACAAGUCAGUUCAAAUUGUUUGUCCUCUUCGGCCUAUGCAGAUCCACCCCCACUGCCUCUUGAAUAACCACACCCGAGUAGCGACGGAAUCCAACCAAUGCCAAGCGCUUACCCCUCUCUGCACCGUCAGUCAUACUUGUUAUUUUUUGCCUGAUGAGAAAGAGCAAAUUUCAGUCUGGGCCGUUUUUUAAGCCUUUAGUAGUCUACAGCCCAAUUGUAACUGGGGUGACAUUCCUACAUAGGUAUAGAUCUAGGAUCAGCUCCGCCCCGUUGAUUCUAACCUUAAUGGUUACAGUGAGAAAUGCCAAACUGAGCCAGGAUCAUCGUUUAGGGGCAACUUCACCCUGCAAGGGUUUGCGCCGGAUCUGUUUAGAGCAAGAUUGCACAGCAGGGUCCAGUCCUAGUAGGCACACUGUGCUAAACGCCAGAGGACCGGUUCAUGUUGGGUGAUCUUCCUGCUCUUUGCAAAGUUGAAGCACAUAUUUUGUAAGAAAGACAGAUUUUUGGUGUUUGUCUCAAAAUCCUUAUGGUUACAAUACUUUUGACCACAGCUCUAUGGGGUCCCCCUUGUCAAAAGUAAUGAAAUUAUAAGAUACAGUGUGCCAUUUUGAAUGCCAUAAGUUUGUAGUGUGUUGUUUUAUGCUGAAUGAUGUACAGUAAUGCUGUAUCCUCCAGCCAAAGUAAAAUAUGCUGUUUUUUCCACUGUGGGCCGUAAGCGUGUGCUGUGUGUGAGUGUAUCCACGUGCCUAUCUCUCCUGUGUCUUCUCCUGUUGACUUUUCAACUUGUUUGCAAACUCCUUUCACAAUAAAAGAAACUAGAAUAUCUGUUA